CAGUACCUGCCAGUACCUGCCGGUAACGUUCAUGGUGGAUCCUCGUCUCUGCUGACGCUGCACGCCGCGCUGCUUCUCCAAUGGCCAUCGGCCUCUCGCCCCACCACCGCUUCCUCGCCGCCGUGAGCCGCCUGCCCUCGAACCACCACCGCUUCCUCACCUCCUCCUCCGCCGCGCCUCGGAGCAGCUGCAGAGUCCGCUGCUCCGCCCGCUCGAAGGCAUCCCCGGAGUCGUCCGAUGUGAAGCAAAGCGCGGCCGCGGUUCGAAGCUCGUCGCCCGAACCUCGUGCCGAGGUUAAGAAGGCGGGGGGUGCGACUCCGACGAAGUCGCUGAAUUGGGUCGAUCGCGUUCUGGAAAGUUGGAGGGAUGGAUUUAGGUUCAGCGAAAUCGGGUUGGAGGUUCUGUCCAUUGCUUUACCGGCUGCUCUGGCUCUGGCUGCUGAUCCCAUCACGUCCUUGGUGGACAGUGCUUUUGUUGGUCAUUUAGGAUCAUCCGAACUGGCAGCAGUUGGAGUAUCAGUUUCUGUGUUCAAUCUGGUUUCGAAAUUGUUUAAUGUUCCCUUGCUCAACAUUACCACAUCAUUUGUAGCUGAAGAGCAGGCCGUGGUGAAUAACGGUAGUGAUGAUUAUCGUCAACUCGGUGAUGGUUUUGCUGAGGAGCAAAAAACAAAGAAGCUCCUUCCAUCAUUAUCAACUUCAUUAGCACUGGCUACUGGCAUUGGGAUUGCCGAAAGUAUUGCACUUUCAGCUGGCUCAGGUUUCUGGAUCAAUUUGAUGGGCAUAUCUGUUGAUUCACCAAUUAGAAUACCGGCUGAACAGUUCUUAUAUUUGAGAGCUUUUGGUGCUCCAGCUAUUGUAGUAGCACUUGCUGCACAAGGUGCUUUUCGUGGAUUUAAGGACACAAAGACACCUCUAUAUGCCAUAGUUGCUGGCAACUUAUUGAAUGCGUUUCUGGAUCCAAUUUUGAUAUUUCUUUUUGAUCUUGGCAUUGGUGGUGCUGCAGCAGCAACAGUGACUUCUGAAUAUUUGAUAGCUUUAGUCCUGCUAUGGAAGCUGAAUGAUGAAGUAUUACUGAUCUCUCCAAAUUUUGAUGGGAGAAAAGUUAUCCAAUAUCUGAAAUCAGGUGGCCUUCUCAUUGGCAGAACCUUAGCAGUUCUUGUUACUAUGACUUUGGCAACAUCAAUGGCUGCUAGGAGGGGCCCUAUACCUAUGGCUGGUUAUCAGAUCUGCACACAAGUAUGGUUGACUGUAUCUCUGCUUACUGAUGCUCUAGCAAUUGCUGGCCAGGCUCUUCUUGCCCGUGGUUACUCCCAAGGAGACUAUGAGCAAGCACGUGAAGUGAUAUACAUGGUUCUUCAGAUUGGUGUGGCCACUGGUGUUGCUCUAGCUGUCAUUCUUUUUGUUGGGUUCGGAGCCUUUUCAAGAUUAUUCAGCACGGAUUCUGAAGUUUUGGAAAUUGCUUUGUCGGGUAUUCUGUUCGUUGCUGGAUCUCAACCAGUGAAUGCUGUGGCAUUUGUUAUUGAUGGGCUCUACUAUGGGGUUUCGGAUUUUGGAUAUGCUGCCUAUUCCAUGGUCUUUGUUGGAGUGGUUUCUUCUGCUUUUUUACUGGCAACAGCUCCCACAUUUGGUCUUGCCGGAGUUUGGGCAGGGUUGUUUCUCUUCAUGACAUUGCGGGUAGUGGCUGGCAUUUGGAGAUUAGGAACAAAAGGUGGACCAUGGAAAAGGAUUUGGUCCGAGGCAGAGCAGGGAAGUGACUGAUAUCAAAUCGAGUUUGUACAUGUUGCUUUUCCCGGUGAGCUUAUAGCAAGUGCCACAGAGGACUUGAGCCAAAUGGAGUUCCCGAGAAGCAUGGUACUUCCCCUCGGGAGUAGUUCGCUCUUCAAGUGUCUUUUAUCCCCAUUAACAGCUAAUUGGAGCAAUGCCGUCACCAAAACAGAAAUUAAGCUACCAGAAAUAAGUGGUGAGACGGAAGAUGCUGAAUUUUGAUGGCAAUGGCUGGCCUGCACUCUUUGCAUCUUGACCAUACAGUUCUCGCUGGUUCACCUAUAUAUACCACCCCAAAGCAUACCAACUGCACCUCACAUUGAUGGCUUCCGAAUUAUCGAAUCAAACGAUUUUAUCUUCCUCUUUUUUACUAAGAGCUCUCUGGAUGGCGCAUCUGGAGUUCUGCUCGUAUCUCUGUAGUUGUUUAUUAGCUCACUCAACCUUGCCGUGGUUUUCUGACCUGUUAUUGAAUCUUUUGCUUGAUAUGGUUACCUGCCCUCGAGCAAUGUACUUGUAAUCAUCCUGAAGUGAUGGAACCACAUGAGUUGGGACUUCUAAUGAUAUCCAUAUAUUCUUGUAUGUUUAACUUUGA